CACACUUCCAUCGCUGCUAUAGACACAGCUGCUUCUCCGCUACUAAAUCCCUAAUUUUCUUCAACUAUCAUCUAGACCAAUUCUCGUUGUUUCGACAUGGCCGGGAGGGGGAAAGCGGUAGGAUCCGCCGCAGCGAAGAAGGCCACGUCGAGGAGCAGCAAGGCCGGUCUCCAGUUCCCCGUCGGCAGGAUCGCCCGGUUCCUCAAGGCCGGAAAGUACGCCGAGCGCGUAGGUGCUGGUGCCCCAGUCUACCUCGCCGCCGUGCUCGAGUACCUCGCCGCUGAGGUUCUGGAGCUCGCCGGGAACGCAGCGAGGGACAACAAGAAGUCCAGGAUCGUUCCGAGACACAUCCAGCUCGCAGUGAGGAACGACGAGGAGCUGUCCAAGCUUUUGGGCGAGGUCACGAUCGCCAGCGGCGGCGUCAUGCCUAACAUCCACAAUCUACUGCUUCCCAAGAAGACCGGUGGCUCCUCGAAGGCUGCUCCCGGAGAUGACGACUGAAAUAAAUAAAAUCGAGUCUUUCGCAGAGUAAAGCCGUGUGCCACUGCAAUCUUUGUUUUUUUCCUUCUCCUGUUAACGUAAGUUGCUCAUGCAAUUAAAUUCUUUAUCGGAAUGAAUGAAAAAAAAUAUGUAAUUUUGUUGGCGAUUAUCCUUUAUAUCAGUUAUUUUAAAGCCUUCUUGUAUUUAAAAAAAUGAAGGAAUUGGAAUUCAGGUGUUGUUUUCUCAACAUGAAA